AUUCCAAAAUUUGUUCCUCGCCGCAGAAUUCAUGCACUUCCUGCUCCAAUCGCGUCUUUACGCGAACUCAUCUAUGGAUUUUGUGCAUAAUCUUCAUCCUCCGUAGUGCUAGCUUGUCUCGCCGCCUACUCCGCCGUUCACCAACUCGAAACUCGAAAGCCAGUUGCUGGUUCUAUCUAAUACCGGAAACGAGAAGUCGUUUCGGAAAUUCAUGCCGCCGGACUGUGAGACAGAGGUCUGAAAGCUUAGUCAUUCUUGGUUUCAUUUUGUGCCUAAUCUGAUGGGAUGGGGAAGCAUUUACUAUAGACGUCUAAAAGUAUUCACAAUGUUUGUAGUCAUCUGUCUGGAUUACAGAGCUGUCCGCCAAAGGGUCAAGUGGACAAGCAAAUCUAAGAGGGCUGCUCUAUGGGGAGAGGCUCAUAAGCGCAAUGCCAAGCGUUUUGUCAGUUUGAUGAUUGACUUGAAAGGUGUAUGGGUGAAACUUGGACAGCACUUAUCCACCUGGGAACACAUGCUUCCUAAACAAUAUAUCCCCCUCCUCAGGAAGUUACAAGAUUCCCUUCCUCCUCGUCCACUAAAAGAGGUGGCUCUCUUAAGUUUUAUGUUUAAAGCUCUACUUAGAUUUUCCUUUUUCACCCUAGCUAUGGAAAAAAGAAUGUGAUUGAGUAGUUUAGAUAAUUUUUUCCUUGUGACUAUUGCAAAGUUAUAGAGAUCCUAAGAACUAUGAAUUCUGUAAUGCUGUUGAAUGCCAGACAAAUUGUGUUCUGCCAGCUAAGUUAUGAACAUUUUUAUGUUUAAUGAAUUCUAAUUUGUUUC